CCUGCUGGUCGCGGUCGCCGCUCCUGCCGGGUCCGGCAGCCAGGCACCCGAAGGAGGGAGUUGUGCAGCGACGCGGCGCGAUCUGGCCCAGCCAUGGACCGAAAGGUGGCCCGAGAAUUCCGGCACAAGGUGGAUUUUCUCAUUGAGAAUGACGCGGAGAAGGACUACCUCUACGACGUGCUGCGGAUGUACCACCAGACCAUGGAUGUGGUUGUGCUUGUGGGAGACCUGAAGCUGGUCAUCAAUGAGCCCAGCCGCCUGCCCCUGUUCGAUGCCAUCAGGCCUCUGAUCCCACUGAAGCACCAGGUGGAAUAUGACCAACUGACCCCCCGGCGCUCCAGGAAGCUGAAGGAGGUGCGCCUGGACCGGCUGCACCCAGAAGGCCUGGGCCUCAGCGUGCGCGGCGGCCUCGAGUUCGGUUGUGGGCUCUUCAUCUCCCACCUCAUCAAAGGUGGGCAGGCAGACAGCGUCGGGCUCCAGGUCGGGGACGAGAUUGUCCGGAUCAAUGGAUAUUCCAUCUCCUCAUGCACCCACGAGGAGGUCAUCAACCUCAUCCGCACCAAGAAGACUGUGUCCAUCAAAGUGAGACACAUCGGCCUGAUCCCUGUGAAGAGCUCUCCCGACGAACCCCUCAAAUGGCAGUAUGUGGAUCAGUUUGUGUCGGAAUCUGGGGGCGGGCGGAGCAGCCUGGGCUCCUCCAGUGGUCAGGACAACAAGGAGAAGAAGAUCUUCAUCAGCCUGGUGGGCACCCGGGGCCUCGGCUGCAGCAUUUCCAGCGGCCCCGUGCAGAAACCCGGCAUCUUCGUCAGCCAUGUGAAGCCCGGCUCCCUGUCUGCCGAGGUGGGGUUGGAGAUAGGGGACCAGAUUGUUGAAGUCAAUGGCAUCGACUUCUCCAACCUGGACCACAAGGAGGCCGUGAACAUUCUGAAGAGUAGCCGCAGCCUGACCAUCUCCAUCGUAGCUGGAGCUGGCCGGGAGCUGUUCAUGACGGACCGGGAGCGGCUGGCAGAGGCACGGCAGCACGAGCUGCAGCGGCAGGAGCUCCUGAUGCAGAAGCGGCUGGCGAUGGAGUCCAACAAGAUCCUGCAGGAGCAGCAGGAGAUGGAGCGUCAGAGGAAAAAGGAAAUUGCCCAGAAGGCAGCAGAGGAAAAUGAGAGAUACCGGAAGGAGAUGGAACAGAUCGUGGAGGAGGAAGAGAAGUUUAAGCAGCAGUGGGAAGAAGACUGGGGGUCAAAGGAGCAGCUGCUCUUGCCUAAAACCAUCACCGCCGAGGUGCACCCAGAGCCCCUUCGCAAGCCAAAGUAUGAUCAGGGAGUGGAGCCCAAGCUCGAGCCGGCAGACGAUGCAGACGGAGGCACGGAGGAGCAGGGAAAGCAGGUGUCCGAGACAGAGCGGGAAGACCUGGAGGAAUCGGAAAAGAUUCAGUAUUGGGUGGAAAGGCUUUGUCAGACGCGCCUCGAGCAGAUUUCCUCUGCCGAUAAUGAGAUUUCAGAGAUGACCACAGGGCCCCCGCCUCCCCCGCCGUCUGUGUCUCCCCUGGCCCCACCCCUGAGACGAUUCGCAGGCGGGCUGCACCUCCACACCACUGACCUGGAUGACAUCCCUUUGGACAUGUUCUACUAUCCCCCCAAGACGCCUUGUGCCUUGCCUGUGAUGCCCCACCCUCCACCCUCCAACCCUCCCCCCAAGGUCUCGGCGCCCCCUGUCCUCCCCUCAUCAGGCCGCGUGAGCACCUCGUCCUCGCCCUGGGUCCAGCGCACUCCACCCCCCAUUCCCAUCCCUCCCCCUCCAUCUAUUCCCACCCAAGACCUCACUCCUACCCGCCCGCUGCCCUCGGCACUGGAAGAGGCACUGGGCAACCACCCCUUCCGCGCUGGGGAUCCAGGCAACCUAACAGAGGACCGGGAGGCAAAGAACCAUGGUGGGAAGCCUGCCAACUCCCCCGUCCCUGAACGGAGCUUCCCACUCCCCCCAAAGACAUUUUGCCCAAGCCCGCAGCCUCCAAGAGGCCCUGGCGUGUCCACCAUCUCCAAACCAGUCAUGGUCCACCAGGAGUCCAACUUCAUCUACAGGCCAGCUGUGAAGUCCGAGGUCCUGCCACAGGAGAUGUUGAAGAGGAUGGUGGUUUAUCAGACAGCAUUCAGACAAGAUUUCCGGAAAUAUGAGGAAGGCUUCGAUCCCUACUCCAUGUUCACCCCCCAGCAGAUCACAGGGAAGGAUGUCCGGCUCCUGCGCAUUAAGAAGGAAGGAUCCUUAGACCUGGCCCUGGAAGGUGGUGUGGACUCCCCGAUCGGCAAGGUGGUCGUCUCGGCUGUGUAUGACGGGGGAGCUGCUGAGCGGCACGGUGGCAUUGUGAAAGGGGACGAGGUCAUGGCAAUCAAUGGCAAGAUCGUGACGGACUACACCCUGGCCGAGGCCGAGGCCACCCUGCAGAAGGCCUGGAGUCAGGGGGACUGGAUUGACCUGGUGGUUGCUGUCUGUCCCCCCAAGGAAUACGACGAUGAGCUGACUUUCUUCUGAAGUCCAGAAGGAGAAACCAGAUUCACUCCUAAAAGCCAGUGAGCUCUGGACCCACCCUCCUGGACACAACCUGGAACCAGCCUCGAGAGACGCCAGCCCACAGGUGCCCUGCAGAGCCCCAGCCAGCACCCGGGGUUCAGACUCCCCGGGGCCACUCUUCCAAAGGCCGAGAGGGAGGAGGGAGCAGCCGGCCCUUCUGAAAGUGGCUUCUGGGACCCAGACUCCCUUGGCUUUCCCCUGUCAUGUAAAUUUGGUCUCUCCCGGCCCUGGAAGCCUCCCCACUUAGAUCUAACAGGACCUGACUCUCGGGUGUCUCUCUGCAUCCCUGUCCUCUCUCUCCUGUUGCCGUUGCUGCUAAGAUUGUUGCCACAGACCUUACUCUGAACUCAUUAACCAAAUAAACAGACUUCUUUUCCAACUUA